AUGUUUCCGCACGAACUCCUCAGCCACGUGAUCACAUUCCUCUCCCCCAAAGAUAUCAUUUCCCUGGCCGAAACUAACCGACACAACUACUCGGCCCUGGCUGAUGUGCGCAGCCUAGUCCUAAAGAGCCCAUACUGUCGUCUUGAGCUGAGUCAGUGGACUGGGUGGCAGGCUUUUGCUGACAACAGCGCUGAAAAGGAACCACAUGAGUUGUUUGACCACGUGGAGCUCGUAAAACACGUGAACAAACCCCUUCCUGAAGACUUCCAGGCGCUGCAGGGAGAUCUGGCUCGUCAGUGGAACUCAGAGUGGAACUCGUGUGACCAUGGUAUUUCUGGACCACGAGAGGACGACCAAGAGGCGGAGGUGCUUGAUUUGACGAACAAUACUAACACGGAUAAGAUCACGUGCUCGCCCACUGGCACUCCAAAUCACUGUCGGCCCUAUCGUCGCCUUUUCCCCUCUCAAUUCGAAAUCGGAUACAAGUUUUCUCCUCAGGCUGAAGCCCUACUUGAAUGGAAUAUGGAUACCGACACUGUGACUCUAUAUACCAUGUUCGGUGAUGGAGCAUGUCAUUCAGUCAUGAUCAACGAGAAGAAGGGAACAAAGAUGCAUCAUCUGCAACUCAUCAACGACGUGGCCCUAGUAUUUGUGCUUGAUCAAGACAUCAACACUACCUACUACAUUGUUCCUGGAGGUCAGCUUACUCCCAUUGAUUUUGGAAACUGUCAGGUGCCGCAGGAGGGCCUGAUGAUGUUCAAUAAUCGUUUUUUCAAGGCUGUAUUGGAUGAGAAAGUUGAUUUACAGGUCGCUCCUGUGUCACUACCCAUGGGAAAGCCCACUACUAUCACACCAGGAGCUGCUUAUGAGAUUUGUCAAGAUUUGCGGUACCCGAGGUACGGGCUGGCGUACACCAAUAUGGACAAGAAUCUGGCGCAUGUAAUUGAUUUGCAGAAGCGUCAGAUUUCGCAAUUUUUCGGGCUCGAUAAAGAUGUGUGUCUUGUGGGACUCUCGAAUGGGACACUGGGCGUUUGGAAGUACACCAAGGAAUAUUUGGACAGGGUUUGUGAGGAGAAACAGAAGCCGGAGUUUUUAGCAGUGGUGGAGAAAUUGUUCGAGAAUAAUGAGAAUUGGGAAGAGUUUCACAGAGAUUUGGUGGAUGCGUGGGCAUAA